CGGAAGUAUGUUGCCGAUCGGCUCGGACACUCUGCGCACCAAGAUCAGAUAAGUAUAAAAGAAGCAUGUCCCUGAGGAAGUUCAAAUGAUUGAACGAAACGCUUAGGGCCAUUUUGAUAAGUGCAGAGUUUUAUCUGUUUUUUAUUUGUUUCUUUAUUUUGGAUGCUGUUUUUUCCGGUGUUCCUUUUUUCUGGGAUCCUGUGAUUGAACCAUUUUAUAUGAUGUGCCUGUUUUUCACUUAAGUGUCUAUUUUGACAGAGAUACUCUGCACUAUUAUUUUGUAUCUUUUUUCCUCUAUAUUUGCCAUGAUGCUCCACAAGUCCUGAGGUUUCUACUAUCUUUAUGAUAUGCCUACAAUCAAUUUUGGUUUGUGAGUGUGAUUAUUGCAUUUACUUUCCACCCUUAAUUGUUGCAACACUAUUGCACUAUCUUUUUCUCUGUUAUUAUUGUUUUGUGGAUCCGAUGAUGCAUAGUUGGAUGCCUGAUAAAAAUGUCAAUUCAAAUUGUCACGAUGAAUGUGAAAGGUCUAAACAUCCCUCAAAAAAGAGGCUGUCUCUAUAAACUUUUAACAGAGCAUAAAAUUGAUGUUGCCAUGAUACAGGAAGCCCACUGGGUUCUUGAGGGGAAAAAAUCUGGAAGUUAAAUAAAUACCCUAAUAUUUAUUCAGCCAGUUUAGUUGGACAAAAAAAAAAAAAGAGAGGGGUGGCCAUUGUGGUUUCAGAUAAAGUUAAAGUGGAGGUGGUCCAUCAAGUCCUAGACAACAGUGUUUUUUUUUCAGAUUUUAAGUGUUAAAGGACCACUACAUGGACCCAGACCACUUCAGCUUAUUGAAGUGUUCUGAGUGCCAGGUCCAGCUAGGUUUAACCCUUUUUUCUAUGUUUACAUAUGGGCUAAUCCAGCGUCUAGUGUCUGAGUGCCAGGUCCAGCUAGGUUUAACCCUUUUUUCUAUGUUUACAUAUGGGCUAAUCCAGCGUCUAGUGUCUGAGUGCCAGGUCCAGCUAGGUUUAACCCUUUUUUCUAUGUUUACAUAUGGGCUAAUCCAGCGUCUAGUGUCUGAGUGCCAGGUCCAGCUAGGUUUAACCCUUUUUUCUAUGUUUACAUAUGGGCUAAUCCAGCGUCUAGUGUCUGAGUGCCAGGUCCAGCUAGGUUUAACCCUUUUUUCUAUGUUUACAUAUGGGCUAAUCCAGCGUCUAGUGUCUGAGUGCCAGGUCCAGCUAGGUUUAACCCUUUUUUCUAUGUUUACAUAUGGGUUAAUCCAGCGUCUAGUGGCUGUCUCAUUGACAGCCGCUAGAGGCGCUUCUGUGCUUCUCACUGUGUCCAUAGGAAAGCAUUGAUAUGGACUGGCUGAAUGCGCGCUCCGCUCCUGCCACGCAUGCGCAUUAAGCCAAGGAGACGGAGAGGAGGAGGAGAGUCCCCCGCCCGGCGCUGGAAAAAGAGGUAAGUUUAACCCCUUCCGCCCCCUAGAGCUCGGCGGGAAGGGGACCCGAGGGGACGAGUAUGUUUUCCUGGCACUAUAGUGGUCCUUUAAAUUAAAUGCUAUCUUAUAGACAUUAGUGAAUAUUUAUGCCCCAAAUAAAUCACUGCUGAAAUUUCUGAAAAAAUUACAAGAUAAAGUGGAAUCUAUACAAUGUGGUAGAUUGAUUAUUGGCAGCGAUUUUAACUGCGUAGUCCAUACUAAACUAGAUAGAAAUAGCAACCAAAAACCACUCAAUAAGGCUAAAACCAGCUAUUCAGAGGUGGAGAUCCGUGAGUUUUUAAGUGUUUUAAGUGUUCUUUUUGAGUAUUGGCGAGUUUUUCAUCCUAAUAAUCAGGAAUACACUUUCUUUUCUCCUGUACAUGAGUCUUACUUGCAUAUAGAUCUUUUUCUCACUACUUGAAAUGGUUUGGAAUUUUCUCAAAAGGUAGGUAGGUAUCUGUAGUAUUACUUGGUCUGACCAUGCCCCAGUCUUUUUGGAAGUAUCAAAUAAUGUGAAUUAUAAGAGUAGAACAAGAUGGCAUCUCAAUGAAAGCUUGUUGGCUUCUAAUCUCGAUUUGGACCACCUACAAAGAGAAACUGAGAGAUUUAUUGAUAUUAAUGAUAAUAGGUUUGUCUCAUUCCCUAUCCUAUGGUGUACCUUCAAGUGUUUUGUCCGUGGGUUAUUAAUUAAACUAUCCAAAAAAAGGAUAAGAAGGAAAGUACACUCUCUGACUUAAACAUCAAACUCUCUAAAUUAGAGGGAUUGAAUAUGUCUAGGAUUUGUUCUAUAAGAAUUAGUGAGAUUGAUAGAAUUAAAAAAGAUAUAACGGAAAAAAUCCUUACUUCAGUCAAUAAAGCUAUCCUAUAUUUAAAACAAAGGUGGUAUCACAACAACAAAAAAGUUGGAAAAUUACUAUCAAAUAAACUGAAAAAUUCAAAGAAACAAAAAGUUAUUAACAAACUUACAGUAAAUAAUAAAUAAUUUUAUGCCCCUACGGAAAUUACUGAAAUCUUUUCUAACUGUUAUAAGAAACGUUAUAAUCUUAAAAUAAUGAGUCUCCCAAAGAUAACAUUAGAAACUAUUUGAACAAUCUAGAAAUUCCUAAAGUUAAUAAUGAAGAUCUUCAGAGAUUGAAUGAGCCUUUUUUUCCGAAUGUGAAAUUAAAAACUUCAUUUCAAACCUGAAACCAUCUAAAGCACCAGGUUCUGUUACUCUGCUUUAUUCUAUAAAACAUUUCAGGACAUUAUAACCCCUUUCUUAUUAAAGACAUUUAAAAAUUUUACCACUAAAGGCAUUCCAGAUGAGAUGUUACAAGCCACUAUUUCCCCAAACUUAAAAACAGGGAAAGAUCCUUCCCUACCCUAAAAAUUAUAGACCUAUUAAUCUCGAUGUAAAGAUUUUCUCUAAAAUUAUAGCCAACAGAUUAAAAUUAAUAAUCCACAAAAUUAUUCAUUCGUCAUGGACAGAAAUCCAAUAGACAACACCCGUAAGAUUAUAAAUAUACUCCACAGAUCUGGUCAACUUAAAGUUGGAGUUGCCUUAUUAGCCUUAGAUGCCGAAAAGGUAUUUGACAGAGUCAUCUGGAACUUCUUAUAUUUGGUCCUAGAUAGCUUUGGUCUGACUGGCUCUGUCAAACACAAUAUAAUGUCUUUAUACACUAAUCCCACUGCCAAGGUGGUCAGACCCCUUUUUGAAUCAAAUUGGUUUACAAUCUUUAAUGGGAUUCGCCAGGGUUGCCCCUUGGCACCCCUGCUCUACAUACUUUCCAUUGAACCCUUGGCAAUUUCAAUUAGCCAAAUAAUGAGAUACAGGAUAUUCAAUUUGGGAACUUAAAUAGUGAAUUAUCUUUAUUAUUAUAAUUGCCAUUUAUAUAGCGCCAACAGAUUCAUCUUCUGUGUGUGUUCAAUCUUAUAAGAUGUAAUUUCCUGAGCUAUUAAUGCGAUUUCUUUCCAGAGAGUAUUUACCUUCUCACAUGACCACCACAUGUGCAGCAUGGUACCCAGGGGCGUAUUAGCCGCGAGGCAAACAAGGCAUUUGCCUUGGGCGGCAUUUUUCAGGGGGCGGCAAAAAAGCCGCCCCCAUAUGCCCAGGGCAAAUGCCUAGUUAGCCUCGCAGCUAACAGACAUGCCGAGCGGGCAGCGCUGGGCGGGCGGCCGGCGAGGGAGCUCUUCCCCUGAGCGCUCUGCUAAGCUCCCUUGCGCGGCGCCAGCAGAGUGAGGCCUGGAGCCGGAAUGUGACGUCAUAUUCCGGCUCCCGGCCUCACUCUGCUGGCGGCACGCGAGGGAGCUGAGCAGAGCGCUCAGGGGAAGAGCUCCCUCGCCGGCCGCCCGCCCGCCCUGCAGCCACUGGACCCCAGGGAGAGGAAGAACCCCCCCAGCAUUCCCAAAGGUAAGGAGGCUGGGGGGGUUAAAUAAAAAAUAAAAAAAACACAAGUGAGUGUGUUAGUGUGUGUGUGUGUGUCUGUUAGUGUGUGUGUAUGUUAGUGUGUGUGAGUCUGUUAGUGUGUGUCUGUCUGUUAGUGUGUGUCUGUUAGUGUGUGUGUGAGUCUGUUAGUGUGUGUGUGUGUCUGUUAGUGUGUGUGUCUGUUAGUGUGUGUGUUUGCCUGUUAGUGUGUGUGUGUUUGCCUGUUGGUGUGUGUGUGCGUGUGUCUGUUAGUGAGUGUGUGUUUGCCUGUUAGUGUGUGUGUGUUUGUCUGUGAGUGUGUGUCUGUUAGUGUGUGUUUCUGUUAGCUAGUGAAUGCGUAUCUGUCAGUGAAUGUGUGUGUGUGUAUUUAGAAGGCGGAGCAGGGGGGAAGGGUUGGGUGGCGGUUGAGCGGGUGGGGGUAGCGCAGGGGGGGUGCCUGAGUUUUAUCCUGCCUAGGGCAGCACAAAACCAGGAUACACCACUGAUGGUACCUUUAUGUAAAUGGCACCUCCAGCAUAUGUCUUCUCUUUCCGGGUUGAUUGAUCUAAGACAGGUUGGUACCAUAUACCAUCUGUAUAAUAUCUUUCGGGAUGUUUCAAAAUGUGCAGCGCAUGAAGAGAGUCCUUCAUGUGCUAUAAAGAUUUCUCCAUUCUUCUUGCGAUAUCGUUUCUUGAAUAUCCGUUUGCCAGUCUGUCAUAAAUUUCCAUGUAGUUAUUUCUUGUAAAUUAUUAAGGUUAUCAUAACAAGUCGAUAAUGUUUUCUUUGGUGGGGAUAUUGCUGCACACAUUUGUUAAAAUUUUGUAUUAGAGGAGCAUAAAGUUUGUUGGAUUGUACUUGUCUUAUUGUUGGUCAUAAGUGCUUUUAUUUGAAGGUAUGAAAAGAUAAACUGUGAAGGAAGUUUGAAUUCCACCUGAAGAUCAGGGAAAAGCUUUAAGGCUUCUGUUUUGUAUAGGCAGAAGAUAUGUGUAAUUCCUCUGCGUAAGGAAAUGUGUUGUUGCAAUCAUAUAAAAUUUUGAUAGGAGUCGCCAGUGACCAUGGGUGUGCCGAGCAUAAUUUUCCUCUAUUUGUAUCCCAGAUACUAAGUAGAAGCCUGGUAGUGGGUAAGGUAUCCGGGGAUAUUUUUCAUCUUUGCUGAGGCAUCCAUAUUAAAGAAGGUAAAUCAAAGGUUCCACUGUCUUAUAGUAAACAUUCCAAUUAUAGAAUUAAUAUCAAUAAAUCUCAAAUUACUAACAAAGCCUUGGCUGAUAUAAAAACACACUUCCAAUGUGAUUGGAAUAAGCUCUUUAUUGACUAUCUUGGCUUUAAAAUUACUCCACAAUUAUAUGACAUGGUUGACAUUAAUUAUUUAAAUGUAUAUAGAAUAUAGAAUGCACACUAUAACAAUCUCAAAAAAAACUUUGCUUUAUUAUGUACAAAAAAGUACCAGAGUGAAAACAUAUAAGAAAAGAUAAACAAAGUGACAGAAGCAAGGGCAAACACAAUAAAACAAUAGUAAAUUACCACAAAAAUUCUUACAAGCCUCAAGACAGAAACACGAGUCACCAAACCCCCCAACGUUUCGGCACCAACUGGCUGCCUUUAUCAAGGGUACCCAUAAGUACUUUUAUUUGAAGGGUACCCUUGAUAAAGGCAGCCAGUUGGUGCCGAAACGUUGGGGGGUUUGGUGACUCGUGUUUCUGUCUUGAGGCUUGUAAGAAUUUUUGUGGUAAUUUACUAUUGUUUUAUUGCGUUUGCCCUUGCUUCUGUCACUUUGUUUAUCUUUUCUUAUAUGUUUUCACUCUGGUACUUUUUUGUACAUAAUAAAGCAAAGUUUUUUGUUUUUUUUUAGAUUGUUAUAGUGUGCAUUCUAUAUUCUAUAUACAUUUGAAUAUUUAAAGCACUUGAGGGAGUGUUUAUAUGGUUUGCACCUGGCUGUUCUUAUACUAUUUUGUCUCUCCAUGUGCUGUUGUUUUGACAUUAAUUACUUAAAACAGUCUCAAAUUAUCUUACCUCUCGUAAAGGAUUAUAAAUGUCAUGGCUAGGCCGUAUCAGUGUUUUAAAUGCCUUUGUACUCCCUGGAAUAUUAAAUCUAUUUAGAACUAUUCCUUUCAGGAUGGAUUAUAAAAUAUUGGCCAAAGAUGUUUGGGGAAUAUGUUAGGAUGGAUAAAAAACCCAGAAUAGCAUUUAAUAUUCUUACCAAAAAUUAAAAAGAAGGAGGGUGUGAAGAAAUCCCCCUUUUAUUACACUAUUUUCUGCCUAUUGCAUUCGGUAGAUGUAACUACCGAACAAAGACCACCCCCCUGGCUCGUUAAACAUCAAAGACUGUUUCAAUUGAUGCCUCUGUCUGUGCGGCCAGCGUUCGUACUGACGAACGCCACGUGGCAGAGAAAACCGUGGCCAUCUUUGUUCAUGCGAACAAAGGCAGCGGGACUUGGUCGUCGAGUGUAUGGAACUGAAAUCGGACACUCGACUUCCCGAACACCGGUCUCAAACAGACGAACGCUGGAACUCUACUUACCGAAUACCUAGAAGAGCGCUAUUCGGUACUUUGGUGCAUUCAACGGAGGGGAACGAUCGCUGCUAAGAGCCAGGGGGAUCCAUUCGGUACUUUGUUUGCUUUUCUCCUUUUUCUAAAGUGACCGGCAAAACCCACCAAACUCAUGGAACUGUUUUGGGCAUACAGCCCAGGGUGAGCCGGUCACAGAAGACCUCCAUAGUUUUUGAGAACCCCUGAACCGAUCUGGGUGAAAUUCGGAUAUGUUGGUCACCCAGAUCAGGGCUAUCAGUGGACAUGGUAUUUGUGGGGAUACUCCAAGUAUAAAGGGGUGUCCCAGUUAUUGGGGAAAAAUGUGAUUUUUCUGCCUGGAGAUAAUUAAGUUAUUAUUUUAUCAGGCUUAAUUAUCUCCAGAGCUAGGGGAGGGAACUGUGGGUGUGUGUUAUGUUUUACAGUACGUGAUUGGUUAAUCUUUGUCCCUCCCUGAGGGAUGUCCCCUUGCAUGGGGACUUGCAUAAAAGCCUGUGUGCACCCAUUAAAAGUUAGUUCAUUUUGUACCCUUCUUCUUGACUUCGGCUGAUGUUUGGGGAUUCGUGUGUUUCACUAAGGGAAUCAUCUUGUGAAGCUAUUGGGAUUACUAUAUGGUUCGUCUACUUUAUCUACCAAACAGAGGGCUAUAAUCACUAAGGCUCUGGCGGUUCGGGAGGAAACUACCGAAUGAGGGUUAAAAAUACUUGGUUUCCUUACAGAGGGGUAUCCUAUCCAGACAUAUAUCUCCUUCAUGAAGCCACAAUGCUAGCCCACUACAUGUCUUAUUUAAACUCAAAUUCACAACUUACCGAUUGGUAUUUUAUUGAAAAAACAGAGUUGAGAUCAAAUAACACACUUCAUAUAUUUUGGUCGAUCCUUCCUUUGAUUAAACUGAAAAUUUCUCAGAACCCGAUUGUGAAAGAUAUAGCAGUUACAUUGAUAAAGUUAAAGAAAAGAUUUGGUUUAAUUAACAGUAUAUCAUUAGAAACCCCAAUAGAGACGCUUCCCUAUGAUUUAGCUGAUUUAAAUAUUAUACAAUAGAAAUCCAGGGGUAUCCUUAAAAUAUCAGACUUAAUAGAUGACGGGGCUGUAAUUCCCUUUGCCCAAUUACAAGGAAAUUUCGGUCUUCCUAAUAAUGAGGUUUAUUUAAGAAUGAAAAAUUACUUUACGAGUAGGAGUAUUAUUCCAACCCAUUGUCUUGAUGAGCUAUUUAAAAAUUUCAUUGUCAAAAAAAAGAAGUUAAUAUCUAAGAUUUGGAGAUGUUUUCAUUCCUAUUUCUGAAAUACCGGAGUGGGGAACAAUGAGGCAUCCCCCAUAAUAAAACGGGAAUCGAACUUAGUUUCCCACUUUCCCCGGGAAGUAUGGCUGUCUGAGAUUAAAAGCCUUUCUCAAAAUAUUCAUUGUAUCUCUAUUUACAGAUAGUAUUUAGUUCCCACCAGACUCAAAAAAUUUGUAAGCAACUCCUCUGACAUGUGUUGGAGAUGCCAAGCGGAGAAAGGAAAUCUUUUACAUAUAUGGUGGGAAUGUGCUAGCUUAGACUCGCUUAAAUCUCAAAUAUACUCAUGUUUUCUGUAUCUCUUUUCGUAUACAAAACUUACCCCACAUAUGUUUUUAUGGAAUAUUGAUUAUCCAAAUUGUCAAAAAAGCCAUGAUUAGAUAAUAAUGCAAUACUGUUUGCAGCAAAAUUGGUGCUGGCACCCAAUUGGAAAUCACCCUUCUUAAGGUGGUCAAACAUAUGUAAUCAAAUCACAUACCAAUAUAAAAUGGAACUUAGUUUUUAUUUUGAGAGAGGCUCAAUCGAGAAAUUUGAAGAAUGGUGGUAACUAGUGAUGUCCGGAACGGUUCGCCGCAGACAGCGAACAUAAACAUAAACUUUGACCCUGUACCUCACAGUCAGCAGACACAUUCCAGCCAAUCAGCAGCAGACCCUCCCAUCUUCUGGACAGCUCACUAAGAAUGCAGCUUCACAAUGAAUGUAAAAUUGAUGCUGUCAAGGAGGUGGGAGGGUCUGGGAGGGAGGGUCUGCUGCUGAUUGGCUGGAAUGUGUCUGCUGACUGUGAGGUACAGGGUCAAAGUUUAUGUUUAUGUUCGCCGUCCGUGGCGAACCGUUCGGCCAACCGUUCGCGUCAUCACUAGUGGUAACCCUAGAAGAAAUAUUUGGUCCAUCUAAAGCUGGCAACAGACUGAUCACUUUUAGAUGGAUCCACCCAUUCCGCCACCCCAAUGGCUUCAAACUUAUUUAUUUACUUCUUCUUUUCUUUUUUGCACUCUAUUUAUUUUUGUUUCUGUACGACUGGGAUGUAAGAAUUAAUGUUUUUAUACUUCUACACUCACGGUAUAAAUAAUAUAAACAAUUGCGCUUCUGAUAUUGUAUUUUAUACCUUUAAGUUUGUCUAUUUGAAAUUUGUCUAUAGAAGUGUAAUCAUUAAGAAAUUGUAAAUGAUAAAAUUUUCAAUAAAAACGAGAAAAAUCAAAUAAAAAAAUAAGCUAGAGCCUAGUGGCAUCAUGAAAAUUUUAAUGAUUGAAUUGUUUUAAUGAAAAUGUUUAAUUCUCUCCUGAUUUAAAAAAAAUAAUAAAAAUCAAUAUAUAAUUUUUAAUGUUAAUAUCUCUUUAACAUAUCUCUCUAGAGAAUCUAUUUAAUGUCGCUAUUGUACAUUAUUCAAAUACUAACAUUAAACCAUUGUGUAUCAUCACACAGAUUGCUUCUUCCAGCUGGGGGAGUUGUCGUUUGCCUUGGCAGAUUAUGAGGAAGCUUUUGAGUUAGAUGCCACAGACUGGGGUGUGCGGACUCGUGUAGCCAAAGUUCUGGACGAAAUGGGACUGCAGGCUCAGCAGCGGAGGUUGGCAAUGAUACAGGGCAACAUGUACAUAUAAGAAAUAGUUUAUGAAAUGCCAGUACCUAAGCAUUGAAUUCUUACAGGCAGUACGAGAAAGCUGAAAGCCAUUUCUCUGAAGCCAUCAAUAAACAACCCCUACUGCCACAGUUGUAUCUACAUCGGGCUCGUGUCAGACGUUGGCUACAGAACACAGCAGAUGCAGAAGAAGAUGCUGUUAUCUCUGUUGUGUUAAACCCAUACAGUGAUGAGGUACUUCUGUCGUAAUUUACAUACAUUGGGGUUUUCCCCUAACUUGUGGAGCUAAAGAAUCUGUACUUCAGCAUGCGAUGAAGCAACGGACAAAAUGCAUUCAUUUAAUUGUAGCCAUUAGGGCACUAUGCGACUUUUUGUAAGACCCUUUAAGGAGAUGAGUUUUCAGGGAACAUUUGCAGACAGGUAAGAAUGGAGAGAGAUGACUAUGACAUAGCAGUGGGAUCUAGAAGUGUGGGGUAGUUUGGGAAACAUCUUGUUGAGAGAAAUUGAGAAAAAUUGAGAGUUUCAGGCCAUGAGAAGAGCAGGUACAAGGAAAUAAGAGCUUUGAAGGUAUUUUUUAUACUCAAUUAGAUACUGAUGACUUCUCAAAUUAUAGAAGAGUUUAGAGUUCGGAUGUUUUACAAUUCUUUCCUUCUGGAAAUACUGACAAAACCUGGACUGUUGGUGUGCCCGAAAGACUGGAGUGGGAACCCAGGAGAUAGAGAGCCAGGAAAUGAUUAUUCCUCCAUAUUAACUAUUAUCCUUUAUGGAGCAACCAUAUAUAUCCAUGUAACUUCAUGGAAAGGCAUGAAUGGAACAGGACGUGGAACCUAUUAUGAAGAAUGUUCCCCCAAAUUAAAAUGACCUAUUCAAAUAUUCCUUACACUAUUUCCAAUACAAAAACACAAAGUAUAGGCAGUCCAUAGCAGUAGAAGUACUAGGACACAAACUUGCAGAUGAUGGACUCAUUUAACCAGUUUAGUGUCUGAAGAUGUUGAGUGCACUUAUAGUAAAGCUAUUUAAAACAUAAUAAAACAGUUCACAGGGUCUGAUGUUUAAAGGAUCACGAUAGUGUCAGGAAAACAAAGCGGUUUUCUUGACACUAUAGUACCCUGAGGGAUCCCUUCACCCUCAGGGUCCCCCUUCCGUGGUGCUGAAGGGGUUAAAACACCUUCAGUUACUCACCUUUUUCCACCGCCGGGCUCCCUUAACUCUCCUCCCCCGCCGACGUCAGUUCCCCCGUCUGACAUCAGCGGAGCGGAAUGCGCAUGUGCGGCAGUUCCACACGCACAUUCAAAGUGUCCAUAGGAAAGCAUUUUUCAAAGUGUCCGGAAAACAGCCACUAGAGGCUGGCUUAACCCCAAAUGUAAACAUGGCAGUUUCUGUUUACAGCAGGCAGGGUUCUAGAGGGACUUGGCACCCAGACCACUUCAUUGAGCUGAAAUGGUCUGGGUGACUAUAGUGUCCCUUUACUGUGCAGUCUUCAUUUUAUUUAGAUUUCCAUACAAAGAGAGGUUGUCAGUUGGUUAUCAAGAAAGAAUGGUGCUUAGUGGCAAUGAAGGCCUAUAGCAUUAAUAAAUGAAGGAAUAUUUGCAACUAAUGUCAAUCCAUCAUGUCUCUAUCACAUUGAGCAGCUGACUAGCAGAUCGCUGACAUCCAGUUUUGCUCACACAGGCAGCUCCUGCAGUGAUGAAUUUCUUUCCUGGUAAAACCGUGGAGGAGAUUGUGAGCAGUAAACUGGCCCAAGCAGCUCGUAGUGCCGUGGAAAGGAAUCUGAAAGGUCUUCCUAUUACCUGGAAAGACACUGGGUAAGUUACUGUGCUGGGUGGGAGCUCAUCAGGAAUGGAUCAUCUUAGUGAAUAUGAUUGACCCAAGACAAAUCUUACCAGUGCCCAAACAAUAGGGUAUUUUUUAUUUUUAUUUUAAAUCUUUUUUUAUUGAGUUUUUAUAGACAUGGAGACAAAAGAGUUGUAGGCAUGCAGGCCCCACCACACAAAUACAUGCAGAUAUUACACAGAUAUACAGCUUGUGUGGUUCCAUUUGUGUUAUCAGGUGUUGUACAAUUGCGGGUGGUGGAACUCGUGUUUCAUAGUAAAACUAUGGAGCCUUCCCCAAUAAUAGCUUAUGUUUAUAUCUACCUAUGGUUCCAUAAGGCUUCCUGUGUCUGUUGUGUAAGUCAGUCCCUCCCAACUCCAUGUCAAUGUAGUUAGGUCUGCGAGAGAGGACAGCCAAGAAAGAUGCAGGAGGUAAGUAACUAAAGAGAAAAGGAGCAGACAAAGUCCCCUACUGGCACCCAUGUCUCCCAUGUGUGUACCCAUUCAAAAUCUGAGAUAUGUACUAACAUAUGAAACAGUGCAUGCAUCGCAACAAAGUGUUGUUAUGAAACUUAUGAAACAGUUAUCACAUGUUACACAUGUGGCCUCCUGGACAGUCUAUUAUCGUUUCCCUACCACAACUUUAUGAUUAAGUAAACCGCAGUGGCUAACAAGUUAUUCCCGGUUCACAAACAUUAUACUUGUUUUGUAUGGAACUCUGCGUUGUAUAGCGUAUAUUAUUGAGCAUGUUGCACCAAGCGCACCCCAGCAGUAGCACAUGCCAGAUUUUUCCCUUUGCCGAUUAGGCUGAUAUAAGUAUUAGGAAGGAGUGUCAAUCUUUUCCUGCUCUGGUCAUGAGAAUAAAAUCAGAGAAAGAGAACAACGUGAAUAUAGAAAGUGGAAGAAGAAAUUAAGCCAGAGAGGUUCCUGCAUGCAGGCGGGCGAGCGACCACAGGCACCCCACACAUAAUCCGCUUGUGCAAGCAUUAUAAGUCACGCGCCAUAUAUACAAACCAUGGUUGCCAAGCGUCGGCGUGUCUGUGACCCGUCCCGAGCAGGGAGGCAUGCAUAACAAUAGGGUAUUUAAGGUGUUUUAAAACUCCAGUCAGUACACAAAUGCUCCUAUACCCCUUGUGACUCCAUCUAUACCUGGUGGUUUAGUAGGAGAGCAGGAGAUGAGUUCCAUGAACUUUCUCUUAGACAGACACUCUUUGUAGUUUUCCACUAAUACAAUAAAUACUGUAUUGCCAGAACGUGCAGGAAUGAGAAACCCUAGUUGCCCUGGCUACAGAUCCCAGCUCCACGACUAGUCACCAGGGUUUAGAAAGAUGGACCUUAAGGUAAGCACUGCACACUUGCUGCAGGAAAGUAGGAAGAAGAGAUUAAGGAUCAGGGUGAUGGACACUGCAUGCCUGUGGUUCAAUGCCCACUAGCACUGGUCUGCCUUGUGACAUUAUCAGUUAUAAUGGAGAUUUCACGUGUUGAUGGUGAACAGAGAAGCUGGACUGAAUAGGAUUGACCGGUUUCAUUUUAAUUAAGACCCAAAAACAGUCUCUAUAAGGACGAUGGACUGUCUGAUUUAUUGGUUCUCUCUUGCAGCCUCCACUUGCAUAAAAAAGCAGAAUCAUCCGCUGCUCAAAAAGCAGAGGGCCUGGCUGUAUGUAUGAAGGAGGACCAGCUGAUGGAGCAAGUGGUUCUGAGACACAGGAAGGUAAGUUGAGAAGAAGCAGUCUUUAUAAUGCGUGGCAUCCUACACACUGCAAUAAAAUUAACGUAUCAUUUAUAGCCACCCUGCUGAAUGGAUUCUCCAAUUAAAAUGGAAAUCUGAGGUCAAUGGAUAAUUUAUUCUUAAAGGGACAGCCCAGCAUUAUAAAUCAAAAUUGAAUUAUAACUUAUAUUUGGUCAGUGAAGUGUCCCUUUACGUGCAGAGCAGGCACUACCUAAGUUCUUUUUUUUUUUUUUUAUUCUUUAUUUAACUGUUAGCAUUGACAUAACAUGCUGACUUUCAGAGGUAACAAUCAUAUCUGUUACAGACAUAACAUUUACAUCCCAUGCCAAACCCACUAUCCACACUAGGGCAGAUCGCCUCUCAUCUCCUAUAUCCCACUGUGCAUAGCUCCGAGUCCGUGAAUUGCUCAUGUGUCCCCCCUGUUCUCCCUCUCUCGCUUUCCUUGCCAAUGCCAGGUUUCUUAUUUUAACCAAACACGAGAUAAACAGACAGAAACCAAAAAAAAAUAAGUUUGUCUCCAACUCCCGAAACGUAAGCCAUUCUGCUCCGCCUGGGCCAUGGUCCCUCAAUCGGUAUCUCUCCCCCCCGCCAACUCCCUCCAGCAGGACAGCUCAAUAGUUGGCUAUACCCCAUUAGUGGUCCUUCAUACAUGACCGUGGCCACCCCUUUGUCUAUGUUAUGGUAUUCUCUUCUGCUAACAGGCUAUCCCUAUCACUUUCUAGAGAAGACUUACUAGUGUCCCUGCGGUAGAGUCAGCGGGAGACAUCAAUUCCCCAUUUCUGCCCAGUGCGCCCCACGGAGACAAGGUAACGAAGCGAUUGGUGCGCAGGAGACAGAAAGAUAGAAAAGUAGUGUGACAGGUUGGUAGGGAAAAGAAGAAGACGGGGGGGAAGGGGGUGGCAGGGGGUGAGGGGCCACUGUCCUCUCCUCACGCUACAUUCCUAGUGGGGAACUCUCCCACGGCUCCCAGAUCCUCUGACUACCUAAGUUCUUAAAAAGGUUUGUGGAGGCUCACACUGUGUGUUGCAUUGUCGUAUUUAUAAGUAGCCCAAGCAGAGCCACCCAUACCUUUGCCCUCCCCAGCCCACAUAUCAAUUUCAAUAGCACAAUGUAAAAAUAGAAAAUAGAAAUGUAUACAGAAUGUCAGGUGCACUUAAAAUAUAAAUAACAAUCAAUUAAUGGUGGGGUUAAUCAUAUAAUUAGGAAGGGGUUUAAACCUCCAUCCUUAUGCUACAAUGCCCUUCUCCAGGGAUCGGCCCAAGAAAAGAUGUCCUACAUGACCCAGUGGGAGAGGGAGCUAAGGUGCACAAUCUCACUGUCACAAUGGCACAAAGCCAUGGCGAACACUAAAUGAGCCUCGAGGAGCUUAUCACUCUGGGAGGCCUUCUGUAAAAUCACGAGGUGGUAUCUGGUGCCCUAUAGGUUGUCGCACAUCUACAGUGGAGCGUUAGAGCUUUGCUGGAGGUGUGAAGAUAGGAUAGGCACUAUGCUGAAUAUAUUUUGGGAUUGCCCAUCCUUAGGCAAUUAAUGGGAGUGGGUAGGAUUACUUGUCUCCAAAACUAUACACUGCAGCCUCCCUACAAACCAAAAAGGCUACCUCCUACAUGUAAUCUCCGAGUUAGUGAACCACCCCAACCGCAAGGUGAUACUCAACAUUCUCAUGGUAGAAAAAAUUAGUUUAGCGUUCUACUGGAAGAGCAAAACGGUCCCCUCAAUGGAGAGUAUCAGCCAUAGGCUAGACAUCAUUAGCUCCUAUGAAAAGAUGGCAUGUAGAGAAUAAAUACGCUCGAGACUGGGAAAGCUGAUCCGCAAAGACAGAGGCAGAGGUCAUCCACAAAAGCUAGAAAAUAAAUCCUGGAGCAGAUAGGCUAGCGGGGCACACCAAGGCUCCAGCAAAGGGAAAGGCAGAGCAAAAGAGAAACAACUGACUGACAAAACGGUCAAUGAGAACACAAAGUACUGCGGGACUACAGAGUAGACAACUAAAGGUAUAGGAACAUAGACAACAGGACAUGGUAAUGGAUCAGUAACAAUGUGAUCCCACUAUCCCUGUUUCCUUUCUGUAUCCCUUCCCCCCCUGUUGAUACUAUGUUAAUACAAUGUUAGAAUCUAUAAUAUGGUUAAAUAAAACACGCAAGCGACUAACUGACAAUCAAUGUGCAUAGCUUAGGGACUUGUGCACUGAAUAUGCGACUCAGUCCUACAAGAUAAGAUUCUCAGCUCAACAACACAGAGUGACUACAAAACUGCAUGUGGGCACACGAAUUAGCUUGAAUCAGUUGUUAAUGAAGACAAUGUAUUAGAGCCAUUUACAAGUGGAAUGUGAGAUAUUGUUGUAAUAAUGCACAAAUGAACAUAUUUCAAUAAAAACGAUACGUGGAAAAAAAAAAAUUAGGAAGGGUUUUCUGGCACCAAUGUUAUUUGCUGGUUUAUAGUCAUGCUGGAAAAAUAUUCAGUGCAAAUGAGUAACAGCAUAUUUUAUGCACUUUUUAGUUAACAUAUAUAUAUAAUAUUAAACAAAAAUCUGCACACCAGUCAAGCCAGAAGACUUGCUUUUCCCACAGAAAUCCCAUAACUGCAGCUAUGUUACAACCGCAAAGGAUUCUUGGUGGGCAUAUGCAAAUUAGUUUAACAAAGAAUCAAAUUUUUGCCUCAUUCCAUUUUAAACAUAGAUUCCUUUUAAUCUGUGUUUGCUGUAUACAACAGCUUGAAACACAAUAUAGGAAAACAUGCAACACCAGUUAACCACUCAUGGACAGCUGUUUCAUUGUUAAUGCAACUCGUCAGCAUGAGGAUGGUUACUGGUUUGCUUAUUGAGGCUUGGUAGUGCUUGGGAAGCAAAAUCCAAAUAGGUUAUGGUGGGGAAAAAUUGUGAUUGAAAACCCCUUCCACCUGAAGUCUGUGGAUAAUGUUAAACAAAAAUUUGCACGCCACUCAAGCCAUAACACUUGCUUUUCCCACAGAAAUCCCAUAACUGCAGCGAUGUUACAACUGCAAAGGAUUCUGGGUGGGCAUAUGCAAAUUAGUUUAACAAAGAAUCACAUUUUUGCCUCAUUCUAUUUUAACCAUGGAUUCCUUUUAAUCUGUGUUUGCUGUAUACAACCGCUUGAAACACAAUACUGUAUAGGAAAAGAUGCAAAACCAGUGAGCUACUCAUGGACAGCUGUCAAACUGUUUGACAGCUGUCCAUGAGUGGUUCACUGGUUUUGCAUCUUUUCCUAUAUUGUGUUUCAAGCUGUUGUAUACAGCAAACACAGAUUAAACGUUUUUGCUGUAUACAACAGCUUGACCUACAGCUAAUUUUAUACUAUUUUCAUUUAUUUUACAUUUGGUCUGGUUUGUACCAAUAAAGUUGCUAAAAACAACGCCUAUCAUCCAGAGUCCUGAUUUGCCUGAGAGUAAACAGAUCCUGGAGGGUUUUAGAGCCCCCCAUUUUUAUCGGGGGAGGCACCUUUGGAGCGCAUACGUACUACUUUUGUGAGUGUAUUACAUCAUGGCGCAAAUAGUUUUCAUAUACCGUAUUACACUAUAUUUCUUAAUUUUCGUAUUUCUAAAUGUUUACAGCUGUAUCCCAUUCACUAUAUAUACAUAUGUUGUCAAGGGAUUAAUACCUGGGAAGUAAUCUAAGAGAAGCUGUUCUUUAGAUAAGUAUUACGUUCUUACUUAUUGUAAUCACCCAUACGAUAUAGUUUUGUGAUGAAGGUUGUUUAUGUUUUAACACCUGACAUGGAGAUAUCACUAUAUUGGGAAUUGUGGGGCACUGACCAUGGAUUUUUAUAUUAAUAGACCAAAAUGGGUGAGCUGGAUAAAUAUCGCAAUUUGACUGUUUAAAUCUACAUUUUGCAAUUCUCUUCCAAAUUCAACACAAUUACCAGUUUAGAGAAUAAUCGCCAUAUGCUAAUUUGCUUCGGAGAAAUCACAUGUUUCUUGCCGUUUUCCCCCAGAUUAACACAGAGAUCCAGACAGCUUUGAAUAGAAGAGGUCGAUUGCAGUCUAAACCUUCUCAUGAACCUCAGUUGCCACCAGCUAAAGAGGAACCAUGUAAUGCCAGUGCACCCUAUCACUGGAAGAACUUCAGUUCAGGCUUGGAACCUCCUGAAUAAUGACCUUGAGGUUAUUCACCAAACUUGUUUGCAGAAUUGAGACCAAAAUGGCAAAGGUGGGGGAAAGAAACUCCCAUUAUUAAGAUUUAAUCCUGCAUUAACAUCCUGCACUCACAAAGAAAUCCACCACUUAUUAAAUCAGCAUUUUAUUACUUGAAAUGAGAUACAAAGUGGAUCAUUAUUCAUUUGUAAUAUCUGUAGUAGAUAAAUGGAGUUGAAGAUGAAGACCCUUUUAAUUUUAUACUGUAAAGCAGAAUGCUCAUUUGAGAAAAUAAAUUUUCACCUAUAUUAUAAAAACAAUGAUUUAACAAUUAAAAACAUAUGUUUAAAACCCAAUCUGAUUCUUCUCCAGUCUCUCCUAACCUCUAGUUUGGCCAACCUGACCGUAUUCAUUGUUGUAUAAUUUUGACUAAAUAAAUCACACAACUUUUACCGUAUUAUCAGUUAAUUCUGGACUUUGACAACAUUCCAUCUUUUCUCAUGAUUACUUGGCCAAGCAGUAGUUAACAGAAGUGGUUGUAGUGCCUGGAGUACACUGGUGUCAUACCUUCAUUCAGUGUGAAUUUCUGCUUUAGCCAUAACUCUGGCAGAGUGUAAUUUAGUGUUAAAUUACUUAAUACUAAAUGGAGGGUAGGUCUCCAGGCACUUUACAACAACUCCAAUGAUAUGAAGUGGUUAUAGUACCUUGCAUGUCCUUGUAAAACCCAUCUAGCAGUGUGGAGAGCAUCUUUAACUAGUUCAUAUGCACUUUCGAUCUCUUGUGUUUAAAACAUUACCCAUUAUGCACCUGUCCUCAUUGACAGCUCAUUAUUUCUCUUCUAAAUUAAGUUAUAAUAAUUUAUAUUAGAUCGUUUCAAGCAUACCCCAAAUUUUAACAGCACUAAAUUGUUGUUGUUGUAGCAGUUAACCUAGAAAUCAUUAAACAAAUCUAAGAACCAUUGAACAAGUAAAAACAAACAAAAAAUGUUUUAUUAGUAAUAAUGUAGAUUUCAAUUCUUUGAUUACACAGCCAGCCCAGGAAUAGACAUAAAGGGUCACUCCAGACCCCUAAGCACCUUGGGUUGCUGAAAGGUUUUAUGUGUGAAGAGUGUCUUCCCCUCACUCCCUUAUUUUGCAAAAAGGGCAGAUUUCAAUAGAAAUUGACACUUUUCUAAAAUUACAUUGGUUACACAGUGUGCAGCACUGUCCCAGGAAGCACCUCUAGUAGCCAUCUUCUCACUAGACUGUAAUGUAAACACUGCAUUUUCUCUGAAAAGACAGUGUUUAGUGGAAAAAGCCUGAAGGGAAUGAUUAUAGUCACCAAAACAAUAAGCUGUAGUUGUUCUAGUGACUAUAUAAUUUGGGUUAUAUCUAGAACAGUUAGGUUUUAUUUAUUUUGUAUUUGGGCACUGGAGUGUCCCUUUAAAAUAUAGAUGAAGUCGAUAUAGUAAAUGGGAAAAUUCCAGCGAGUAGGGCCAGGCUAAAAGGUGACUUUGGGUGAAAAUGUUCAAAAAAUUUUACAUUAAGCACAGAGGGACAGCGCCAUAACCACUACAUUGGCAUGUCGUGGUUAUGGUGCACAAAUCAACCCUUACAUUAUUAGUAAUAGAGAAAAAAAAAAUCUGUACAUUGACUAAAUUGUUUGAAUAGAAUUAAAAGUGGACCAAUCAUUUUGUUAGUAUUACAAAAUAUUUGAUUACAGUCCAUCGGUUUUGAAGUGACUGAGUGUAAUAGUAUGGCCCGUAUAAAACCACAUGCUGUACUUCAUGAGGUGACAUUCCCGCUGAGUGCACGGCCGGUGGGGGCUGAACCUAAAAACAGUUAUACUUAUUCAAGGCCCUUCCUUGCCAGUACCACAAUCUUCUUUCAUUUUAUUUCCUGAUUUUUCUGCUAGAAACCCAUUUCACUGCUGUACUCUGUGUUUCAAUGAAAUUCCAAUGCAGUCAACAGAAUAUCUUAAUUAAAUAAUAAUAAAAAAAAAAUGUGUGUGACGACAGAGCCACUUUAAUUGGGUCCCAGUGUAGUGCAAAAUUGAUUGAUUGAUGGCUGAGGUUAACCAACAGUCAAGUUAAACAUUGUGCAGAGACAAAAAAAAAAAGUUAGAAAAAUAAAAUUGCUUUAAGGGAAAUGCCACUUUUAGAUUACUAUUGAGUCAUUUCUCUAAGCAGUGUUUUAUGGGUAUGGCUAGGGUUCUAGAAUGGGUUUCUAGCAAAAAAAAAAAAAUAAUAAUAUAAAAAAUUAUUUUAAAAAUCAUGAGUUUUAGUUCAAAUGGCAAAAAGAAAGAAGAAAAAGAAACAAAUUAAAAAAAUAAAAGACCCAACACAUAUAGGGUCCUGAGGCAUGUCAUUUUAAGUUCUGGGAUCCAAAAUACUUACCUCUCCAGACAGAAACAUUAG